AUGGAGCAAUAUCGCGGACCCAAGGAGACGCCUCUUCGGCUCACGGUCACAGCCCAAUAUAUUAUCCUGGCCAAUGGUGUCCUCAACCAUCCCAAGAUGCCCAGGGUCCAAGGCAUCGAGGGCUUUCAGGGUGAAAUCAUCCAUACCGGCCGCUGGAACUACGGGAUCACAGGCGGCUCGCCUACUGAUGCACGUCUCACCGGGUUGAAGGGCAAAAAGGUCGGCAUUGUCGGCACCGGUGCAACCGGCGUGCAGUGUACCACGGAGCUCGCGAAGUGGGCAGACCAGCUGUAUGUCUUCCAGCGGACGCCGUCGGGGGUUGAUGCACGCUGUCAACGCGAGAUCGACCCGGCGGAGUGGGCAAAGAUGACCUCCAAGCCUGGAUGGUGGGCUGAGCGGUGCGAGAACUUCGACACAAUCGUCUCUGACGAACCGGUCGAGGAGGAUUUAAUCAAGGAUGGCUGGAGCACGACAAAGACAUUAUCAGUGCUGGCUGGCGCGCAGCAUGGUCUGCUCGCCCCGGGGGAUAUCCCAGCCCAUACCCAGAACAUGCUUCAGCUCGAUGCUCCCCGUACAGACCGGAUCCGGCGGCGCGUGGACGAGCUCGUCACAAAGGAUAAGGAGGCCGCCGAGGGGCUGAAGGCCUGGUAUCCAACAUGGUGCAAGCGACCAUGCUUCCACGAUACAUACCUCCAAACGUUCAACAACCCCAACGUCACCCUCGUUCCCACAGAACAAGAAGGCCUCAAAAGAGACAGCCACAAGGGCCUCGUCGUAAACGGGAAGGAGUACGAGCUCGACAUCCUGAUCCUGAGCACAGGCUACCGCAGCCCAGGCACGAACUUCGCCGAACCAAGCCGCCGCUCUAACAUGACCAUCCGAGGCCGCAACGGUCGCCUUAUGUCGGAGAAAUGGGCGACGGAUGGACCUGGGUCAUUGCACGGGCUGACGACGCAUGGGUUUCCGAAUUUGUUUCUCACGGGGCCCUCGCAGACGGGGUUAUCGGGCAAUGUGACGCACGUCUACGAUGUAGUCGGAAGGCAUGCGGCGUACAUUGUUGCUGAGGCGUCGAAGCGGAGUAGUGAUCCUGGGCGAACGGUCAUUGAGCCGUCGAAGGAGCAUGAGGAGGCGUGA